AUGCGAUCUGUCUUCGCCGCCGGCCUGGCUCUGGCCUUCUGCCUUGAUAUCGCCUGCGCCAACACCGAAAAGGUCAUCUUCGUCGGUCCGGAGACAGUGAACGUUCCGACCAUGCCGCCGACCCUUGAAGACCUUCGGCUGGAUGUCCUGACACCCGAUGACUGGACCAAGCGACUCGACCUGAAGGCUUCGUUCCCAACCGGGGACACACCCUCGGGAACGACGACUUGGUUACUGCUCGACAGGCUUACCCAUGGCCAGCGUUAUGAGCUGAGAGUGUGCUGGGCGGCCACACAACCCACUGCUUUCACGCUCGAUGUAUUUGAACUACCCACCGUGUGGGACACACCCGAGCUCAUUUCGUCAUUGGCAACCUACGCAUUCUCACGCCAGCCUGAAAAAGACAGCCCAGACGUCGGAGACACGACCUCGCAACGAAAGAAACACGAACAUGAAACUUCGCUGCUCUUUCUCCGGGUUCUGGCGGCAGCAGACUACUUCACGGACAAUACCACUCUCAUGGCCCAAGUCGAGCCCGUUAGCGUUGACCUGAUCCUCGAUCCAUUCUUGCUCAAUGCUUUGCCACGUUCAUUACUGCCCACUGUGGGUUAUGUCGUCGUCGUGGCGAUCUUGGCUUGGUUUCUAUCUAGACGCAUUCUUGUUUGGAUUCAACCUGUAGUCGCCGCUGAAGGCAAGUCCGCGGAAAAGAAGAAGAGGCUAUGA